GAUGCGGGUGGCGGCGAGGCUGCGGGCGGCGCUGGCGGCAGUCUGCGGAUUGUCCAUGGUGAUGAUGUGUGGCUACUGGCGCCUGCUGGUGGGCCUGCCCACACCUCCGCCACACUCACAGCCACACCAUGGACGCCUCGAACAUCGACCUCACUACACUCACACUCACGGAAAUCACUACCUCGUCCAGGAAAGUUCCGUCCAGAUGCUAGGGAAGUACAAUAUCAACCACGGGAACUACAUCAAUAUCCAGAAGCAACUCAGCUCACCUCAUAGACAAAACACCCACGAUAUAUCUAGUUCCGUCCACAGCCAGAAUGACAGUACCCACAGUCAGGAGGACAGUAUCCACAGCCAAGAUGACAGUACCCACAGUCUGGAGGACAGUACCCACAGCCGAGAUAACAGUACCCACAGCCGAGAUAACAGUACCCACAGCCGAGAUAACAGUACCCACAGCCGAGAUAACAGUACCCACAGCCGGGAUGACAGUACCCACAGCCGGGAUGACAGUACCCACAGCCGGGAUGACAGUACCCACAGCCGGGAUGACAGUACCCACAACUAUAUAAAAGUGAAUAAUGAUCCCAGAAAAAUGAAUAAGACAGACAAGAAUGUGAAGGAAGCAGAUGGCAGCCCCAUGGCCAGUGCUCCUGGCUCCGAAGUGGUUCGUCGCGGCCAAACACAGUCAAGACGUGACAAGAACGAGUCAGAUCAGGACCAAACAGAAUCCGGUGCUUCAGACCCGAGACAUGAACGGAGAGAGUCACAUCACCACCAAACAGAGUCACUACUGAAAGAAAACGCUAAUUUAGAUAAAGAAAAUAGCCAACAAAGUUAUAAAAUUGGCAAGUUACAUUAUGAAAGUAACCCGAAAUCAUAUAAAAGCAGUAAGAAUGCUAAUCAUAGCAAUGUAUAUUAUAGAAACAGUGAUCAAGAAGGAGCCGCAGGGAGAACAGACUACAAUUUUAGUCAGAUAGGAAAAUAUUACGUGGAACGUGAUGUUGCACACGACGAACGAGGUCAUGAGAGGUCACAGGACGACGAACGAGGUCAAGAGAGGUCACAGGACGACGAACGAGGUCAAGAGAGGUCACAGGACGACGAACGAGGUCAAAAGUGGUCACAGGACGACGAACGAGGUCAAGAGAGGUCACAGGACGACGAACGAGGUCAAGAGAGGUGGCCUCGGGUCAUCCUGUUGAUCGCCAGCUGGCGGAGUGGGUCGACCUUCCUGGGGGAGCUCCUGGCCACCGCCGUUCAAGACACCUUCUACAGCUACGAGCCGCUGCACCAGUGGAAGAUCAAGGUGUUGCGAGCCAACGACUCGAGCACACACGCCGCCAUCACCCUCCUCUCUGACCUGUUCCACUGUCGGCUGGAGCGGCACCAGGACCAGGUGGCCUACAUGGCCCAGCAACACUGGUACCUGCGCUGGAACACCCGCCUCGCCUCCCGCUGCCGCUACCCACACCAAGAUCACCAACAACAGCCGCCAACCGGCCAGCAGGAGUCGCAGCCGCUGCUGAGUCACCGGCAGGAUGAGGAGAGGUCCUCCUGCUCCAAUGUUACCCUGGUCAGCAAGGUGUGCCGCGCCUCGAGUCUUCACGUGGCCAAGGUGGUCCGUCUGGGGCUGGAGUGGGUGUUGCCGCUCCUGCAGGAGGAGACGCUGGACCUGCAGGUGGUGUACCUGGUGCGCGACCCCCGGGCCGUCCUCAGGUCGCGGACGCGCGUGUCGUGGUGCAGGUCGCGAGAGUGCAGGGACCCAGCCUCCUACUGCUCCAGCCUCCACCAUGACCUGCUCCUCCUCCCGCGCCUCCGUCACCUCUUCCCACACAGCUUCAAGAUGGUGCUAUACGAGUCGCUGCUGGAGGAUAUCGACACCUCCGUCAGGGAGCUCUUCGCCUUCCUGCAUCUCCCCGUGCCAGAGAAGCGCCUGCUGAUGCUGAGUGUCUCCAGCCAGGGCUCAGCACUCACAGGAUCAGAUCACGGCCGCCUCACGUCAGCUCACGAGUCAGAGAGUCACGCGGGGGGGACCUAUGGCACCACAAGGAACCUCAAGUAUCAGGCACGCAUGUGGCGCUUCAAGACACCCUUCAGGGAGAUGCAGAGCUACCAGACACCCUGCCGCCACGCCCUCAGGUUGCUCGGGUUGAGACUCUUCACCUCGGCCAGCAUGUAUGGCAUUCACCGCCUUCCCAUUCUCCUGCCACGCCCGCACGCCCAUCACCACACCUAGACGUGUCUGUGUUUUCUGGCGGCGCCACGGCUAAGCCUAGCCGUGACCAAGCCAUUAUUACCUCGCCGUGCAAAUACAAGGUCCCCAUGCCUGCCUGAGCCGUCUAUCACCAUCCUACCGUGUUCAUUACGGCCGCUCACGCAAACAUCUGACCACACUCACCCCAUGCACGCACUCUCCACCCCCUCCUCCCCUACAGGUCUCAACACACCUGCUGCUGACGUCAAUACAUGUGACUAGGUAUCGACUUCAAGUACCUGUAGUGUGACGCCUCCCUCACCUCGACAGCUACAACCUUCGCUAGUAUAUAAGCUCAGAGUGUGAUAACGAAGUCUUUCAAGCAUGUAUACCUCUCGCGUUGAUACUUGUAUGUCAUUAUAUAGUUGUCUCCACUUGAAGCAAACUGACGUGCUCGUGUUAGUAAUAAAGAACUGGUUUCAAGUACAA